AGAGUUCAAUGGGAAAGUGCUCUGUUUUGGAGUCAGCCUCAAGUGGCCAGUCAAGGUACUUCAAGAAAUAUGACUUCCGCGUUUGGAUCAAAAUUCAGUCUGUUGUGUUGCCGCUUGGUUUGCAGUCAGGGUGGUAUAUAGUGGAGCCUGACUCACUUCAGAAUGGCCUCAGCAGCACAGGGCUCAGGUCUCAAAGAGAUGCCCCAGCCACCACAAGAUCAGAUCUCACCAGAUCAGAUCCCACCAAAUCAGAUGCCGGCAGAUCAGACACUGCUAGACCCGAUCUCACUAGAUGAGACACAGUCAGAUGAGACACAUCAAGAUCAGAUCUCACCAGAUCAGACACGGUCAGAUGAGACACAUCAAGAUCAGAUCUCACCAGAUAAGACACUGGCAGAUCAGACGCCAGGAGAUCAGACACCACCAGAUCAGAUCUCACCAGAUCAGACAAUGCCACAUCAGACACCACCAGAUCAGAGCCCACCAGAUGAGACACCAUUAGAUGACACACCAUCAGAUCAGAUCCCGCCAGAUCAAACACCAUCAGAUGAGAUCCCAUGGGGCCAGAAGGUGAUGACCGUAGGAGACAAACAGCUGAUUGCGGACGAGGUGCUUCAGCAGCUACCAGCUUCAGGGGAUCCAUGGUCGCUAUCUGGUGGUGAUUUCUGGCUAGAUCGGGUAAAAGGCUGUAUCUACGGCAACUGUAUAGGAGAUGCCAUUGGUCUGCUCACAGAAUUCAUGAUAAAGGAUGAGGCGAAAAAGUAUUACAAGAAGCACAAGAAAUUGGAAUAUGUGCACAAAGUUGGUGAUUUUCACCGGUGUCGCUGGGAGACUGGGGAUUGGACGGAUGACAGUGAUCAGAUGAUUCUAAUUCUGUUGUCCUCAACAAGCAAAUGUGGAGAGAUUGAUCCCAAAGAUUUUGCUCAGCGCCUGGAUCGCUGGAGAUGCCGAGGGUAUCCAGAGCUUGGUGAUUGUGGCGGUAUGGGGAUAGGUUCAACCACUCUGGCCGUGCUCCGUCAUGCAGACUUCCUCACAAAUCCUCACAAGGCUGCAACUCAGGUUUGGGAGCAGACGGGCCGUUAUAUAGCACCAAAUGGAGGCAUAAUGCGAACGUCCUUCCUGGGAAUCCAUCACUAUGACAACCUGGCAAAUGUUAUCUGGAACACAUACAGUAUUGCCAAAACUACACAUGCUGACCCAAGGUGUAUAGCAUCAUGUAUCGCCGUGACAACAGCGAUUGCUAUGAUGUUGCAGCAGCGUAUGCGACACAUGAAGAAAGAUGGCAGCUAUUGUGUGGAAACCAUCAUGGAGGACGCUUUCUGUAUCGCCUCGCAGUUUGUGGAUGACACACAGAAACAGGAGCUUCAUGACCACAUGUUCACUCCUAACCUGAGGUCUCUGGCACUGAGUGAACCGGGGAAGAUCGGCUACACCUUUAAACCCCUCGGCGCGGGAUUCUGGGCCUUCCGACAGAAAAAAUUCAGAGAUGCACUAACAGCUACUACCAUGGAGGCUGGUGAUGCAGACAGCAAUGGGGCCGUAGCAGGGGCACUGCUUGGCUGUAAACUGGGGUUCCAGCAGCUACCGAAGUCCUGGGUAUCAAACCUGAAACACAGGGAAUGGCUGGAGCAACAAAUUCAGGGAUACCUAAGUGCCAUUUAUCCUGAUGUUGUCAACUAAAGAUGAGGAGUGUGAUGAUGAUGAAAUCCCAAA